CCCCCGCUCGCCGGGCCUUGCAGGCCAGGCCACCCCAGCCGCAGCGGGCCUUCCGCCUUUUCUCCAAGCCCGCUGGCUUCCGGGCGGUUCCUGGAGGAUUCUAGCUUCUGCCUCUAUCCUGGUCCACCUCCGCAGCCCUCACUGUCCUUGGACAGGACCAAGACUUGCCAUCAUGGAUCCUCUGUUGGAAGCAAAUGUCACCUUUGCCCUAAACCUUCUGGAAAAACUGGGUGAAGACAAAUCAAAAAAUGUAUUUUACUCACCCUUUAGCAUCUCUUCAUCCCUAGCCAUGGUCCUACUUGGAGCAAGGGGAUGCACUCAAAGCCAGAUAGCUAAGGCACUCUCUUUUAAUAAAUACAGUGGUGAUGGAGGUGGAGAUGUCCACCAGAGCUUGCACUUGCUUCUCAGCGAAGUGAAUAAGACUGACAAACAGUACUUGCUUAGAACGGCCAACAGGCUCUUUGGGGAAAAGUCUUAUGAAAUCCUCUCGUCUUUCAAAGAUGCUUGCCGAAAAUUCUACCAAGCAGAGAUGGAAGAGCUCAACUUCAGAUCCGCUGUGGAAGAGUCCCGGAAACACAUCAACUCCUGGGUGGCCAAAACCACAGAAGAUAAAAUUACAGAGUUGCUGACCCCCGGGUUAUUGACUGAAGCCAGUAUUCUAGUUCUUGUGAAUGCCAUCUACUUCAAAGGGAGGUGGGAGAAGCCAUUUGUCAAAGAAGACACCCAGGAGAUGCCAUUCAAAGUCAGCAAGGAUGUGGAGAAACCCGUGCCAAUGAUGCACAAGCGUGGUACUUUUCAUAUGACCUACAUAGGAGAGAUAUUCACAAAGAUUCUUGUGCUCCCUUAUGUCGGCAAGGAGCUGAACAUGAUUAUCCUGCUUCCCGAUGAGCAUGUGGACUUAGGAACGGUGGAAAAGGAGCUAACUUACGAGAAGUUCAUGGAGUGGACGAGGCCGGACAUGAUGGAUGAAGAGGAGGUGGAGGUUUACCUGCCUCGGUUUAAACUGGAAGAGAAUUACAACAUGAAUGAAGUCCUUCAUAGUCGGGGCAUGAAAGAUGCCUUUGAUGCAACCAAGGCCAACUUCUCUGGAAUGGCAUCCGGUGGAGGCUUGUAUCUUUCCCAGGUUGUGCACAAGUCUUUUGUGGAGGUCAACGAGGAGGGCACGGAGGCCGCGGCCGCCACGGCUGCCAUCAUUAUGCUGAGGUGUGCCAGGUACACACCCUGCUUCAUUGCCAAUCGCCCCUUCCUGUUCUUCAUCCAGCAUAGCAAGACCAAGGUGAUCAUGUUCUGUGGCCGGUUGUCCUCUCCUUGAGGAAGUGGCCGAGCCCUUCAUCCAGUGACCCACACUCUUCCCGUCACUGCAAUGUGACCCAAGUGUCCUUAUCAGUAAAUACAGUGACAGUUCAGAAAUAAAGGCCCAGCUGGAAGCUCA